AAAACAAAAGGCAUACGCCCCCGUUUGUCCCUUCUGCGCUGUAAAAACCCUAAACCCCGAAAUUUACCCACCAAAGAAAUCUCUCUCCCUCCAAGGCUUUAAGAAGGCAGGAGCCAAUGCAAUGGCUCCGCCUCUCAGCCUGCCCCCACCUUACUCCAUACUACCCGGAAACAAUUUGACUUAAACAUAUCUAAAUAAAAUUGCAACUGAGAAUCGGAUGCUGAAGCAGUUUGGGAGCCUCAAGUUUGGCUCUCACAUUACAUCCUACGAAGGGUAGUUCUUGCGGAAAACGGAAGCACAUGAGGGAGGACCUUGAAAUUUCCGAGAUGGAUAAGAAGGGUGAUAUGGAAUUAACAGAGGAUAAACUGAAUGAUGACAUUUACACAGAUGAUGAGGUUGGGAAAGAAGGCACUUGGAGUUCAUCAAAGGAUAUUGUUGCAAGAGAUAAUGACCGCAGGAAAAGACGCACUACACAAGCUAAAAAAUCGAGAAGGGAAAACUGCUCUGUUGGGAGUGGGUCUAUUCUUUCAGGAAUUCCAUUACCGGCUAGAAGUCGAGAGCCAAGACCUGGAGUUAUCUUUGUCUUUGAAAAGGCGUCUUUGGUACUGGCUAAAGUCAACAAGAGCUAUCAGAUAAUUAAUCCGGAUGAACAUGCUGGUUUUAUGAAGAAACACAACUUGAACCGAAGUGAUUAUAGACCGGAUAUUAUCCAUGAGGUUCUUGCUCGUCUGUUGGGCAGCCGUCUUAAUUUGACCGGUGGAAUACAAGCUGUGUAUGUUAAAACCAUCCAAGGACAUCUUAUCAAAAUUGAACCAACUUGUUCUGUUCCCAGAACAUUGAAGAGCUUUUGCGCCAUGAUGACCCAGUUGUUCCAGAAUUUGCGCAUCAAAGCUUCAGGUAGGAGGAGUAAGAAUCGGACACUAUUGCAGAUGAUUCAAAACCCUGUGACCAUCCACCUUCCAGUUGGGGCACACAAGAUAGGCCUUUCCUCCACUUCGCCAAAAGCUGUGAAUCUGUGGGAAUAUUUUGAUACAAUUGACAGCGUCCACCCUCUAGUGUUUGUGAUUGGUGCAAUGGCUCAUGGGAAAAUAGAUAGUGAUUAUACAGAUGAUUUUAUAGCAGUAUCUGGACUUCCUUUAAGUGCCAGUCUCUGUGUGAGACGUAUAUGUAAUGCACUGGAGAGACAGUGGAGGAUCCUGUAAGGUGUAAAUAUGGUAACUUAAAAUAGGUUCUUUCCUUAGUGGAACUCACAGUCUGAUUAAUCAAUUCUGAGGACUGUGGGGCGAGGCAUUGCAAGAAGCUGUUUAGAGAUUGAUAGUGGAGAAAACUCAGAAAAGUAUUAGUUAUCAUUUUGUGCCUUGAUGUCUAAAUUUUCAUACCGAAGUUAACAUAUAUAACUUAGGAGUAAAUAUUUUGGUAACUGAGUUUUAGCAUUAUUAUCAAAUUGAUACAUGAGUUUUGCGAAUAAUCUAAUUAAUGUCC